UUCUGUUUGUUACUAAAUUUUUUUCAAAAUGGAUACAGAAUAUAGUUUUACAGUAAAGCUCAGCGUCAAUGGGGGGCCAGCGCGCACCCUCGAGCCGUACAUCAUGUAUCGCAUAGGCUACAGUAAGGAAAAUGAAUUUUUUGUUGACCACCAGUGCAUGGCAGAAUUGCAUGCUUAUGCCUUUAAGAUGCAAAAUGGAGUGACACAAAUAGCUGCAGUCCAUGGCCUGAUUAAGGUCAAUGGCAUGAAUGUCAUUCAGAUUAAUGUCGGCUUGGAGGAUGCAGAUGAGAAUGGAAAUGUACCUCUGCAGUUCGGGGAGGUUGGGGCAUUGCUGCAGAUCACGGAAGAUCCACUAAAUAUCAAAAAUCCCUUUCCCAAGUACUCUGAGAAUAUUCCUGCUUCAUCGGGGGUAAUUCCACCGCGUUUACGCUACCGUUCCAAGUCCCUGACGACAAAGAGCCGCAAACGCGUUCGCAACUCUUCGGCCCCACCACAAUGGGCAAAGCGCCGCUACUCUUCUAAGGAGUCUACAUACAUGGACGAUCUUGAAGAUGAGGAGCUGGAAAAUAUGGAUGACUUGCUGAACAUUUGGGGAGAUUUCGACUUAUAA